AAGUUUAACCGACAUAUUGUGAAAGAAGCACAUGGCAGUUACUAUCUUCUCUCGAUAUUGCACAAUGUGGUUUCUGCUUUUGUCGCAACUUCAGCCUAUGUCUGUUGGAAUCAAAUUUUAAUAUAAUUAUCUGUUUUAUCCAGUCGAGGCCAGAACUGCUAUGCUGGUCAACCCUGCUAAUGAUCCACCUGGUCAGAGGUCAACUUAUAUUAACCCAGGUGAUGUUCGCAGUGAAUCGUAUCGUUUGUCGACGUUUAGUGCAUCGAGGUUUAACGGCCAGUUUUCUCGACUGGGUUCCAGAAAUGGAUUCUUCUACACAGGGUUUAGAGACAGGGUGAAAUGUUUCAGCUGUGGACAAAACGUUGAGCAACUCAGAGGAAACGAAGACCUAAGUAAUCCAGGAUGGCACAAACAUAACUGUUUGAUGCCGCGUGGUGGCGACCCUGAUAACAUACCGUUUUAUCGGACUUCUACAUCUGCUGCCUCUUGCGCUCCAUCUGUUCACAUGAACAUAUCAAUACAACAUCCACCUGCUGGAACAGCACAACCAGCAGCAAUGACCCGAGUUUCAUCAACUACCAGUAACCAAAGCGUUUCCAUAAAUGUACAACAUAACAGUGUGUCGGCCUUGGAGCAAGUUUUCCCGUGUCAUGAACCUAUUAAUCCACACAUGCGAAGAGAAGCGAGUCGAAUUCAGACAUUUCGGGAUCAAAUGAAUGUGUGGUCCUCAAACAAUAUUACCGCUUCCCCUGAACGGAUGGCGGCUGCUGGUUUAUUUUACAUAGGACAAACGGACCGAGUGAAAUGCUGGUAUUGCAACGGUGGUCUUCAGAAUUGGCUUCCUAACGAUGACCCAUGGUUCGAACACGCAAAGUGGUUUCCAACGUGUGAAUACGUCCUUCAGCAAAGAGGACCUGAAUAUGUUCAUAAUGUUUGUAUGCAGUUUCCGAACUUGAGGCGUCCAGACUUGCCACUUCGAAAUCUGCCAUCCGUAGUCUCGGGACCCAGUCACCAAACCCCUGGUGGCGGUUUAUUGUACCAUCAGUCGCCGCAAAUAAUUGACCCAAGAGAAGAGACACGGCGACGGAAAGCGAAGAUCGACCGUGAGAUGAUUGCUUCACCGCUCGUGAACCAAGCAAGACAAUUAGGAUUUUCAAAUAAUCAGAUUCGUUCAGCUUUUACCAAGUCGUUCGAAGUAAGUGACAAGACAUGUGAGAAUAUGGACGAACUUAUAGAUAUAAUUUCGAAUCUACCGAACGAUGACCAUGAUCAGGCACGAGGUUCAAACGAACAAACUACAAGUUACCAAUACAGUUCAACCGCUACCCUCAGUCGUGCAGAAGAAAUUCGCGCAAUUGAAGAAUCAAAAAUCUGCAAAGUUUGCAGGAACGCUAAUGCAUGUAUUGUACUUUUACCGUGCGGUCAUCUCAGCGUGUGUCAAGGCUGCAGUGUCAAUAUAGAGCGGUGUCCAAUAUGCAGAACGUUUACGCGGGAAAAGCUGCUCACUUACCUGGUUUAAAACUUUUAAAUCAUUCUUAGUUUUAUAAUUACCGACAUACGUGGCUGGUAAACUGGGAUGAGGUGCCUGAACACUCGUGAUAUAACGACUGUCGUUUUCCGGCCACGCGAGGGUAUACAGCAAGUUACACUAUUCUGUAUAUAGUCAUUUUUUACGUUUUGUUUUUUAUUUGUGACUUAAAAAAAUCGGGUGCUUGCAAUAAAUAUGUCUCGUACCAAAUUCCUUUCAAUAUAUAUAAUCCUGCGCUUUCACUAUAUAUUCCUACAACACUGUAGAUGUAAAUAUAUACACACGUUAAAAAAAAUCUACCCAAAAACGUCUCAUUAAUCCAAAAUGGUAAUUUACGCAUUGAUGCGAAUUAUUUGUAUGGCAAGAAAGAAAUUAAUAUUUCUACAUUAAUUGAAACCUCUAUCUGUAUAUAUGUCCUAUGCAAAACGAUGGCUUGAAGAAAUUGUUCUAUUUUGUAAUAAAUACCAUCAUCAUGCU